AUGUUGGUCAUAGGCUUUGGAACUACUGCCUUCGAAACUGAUGACGGUGACGUCCACAAACUGGCGGUGAUGGAGGCCAUCGAGCUCGGUUACGGGCAGUUCGACACUGCUUCUAUAUAUGGCUCCGAACAAGCUUUGGGAGAAGCCAUUGUUGAAGCCGUUAAACUUGGUCUCAUAAGCUCCAUGGAUGAACUUUUCAUCACUUCCAUGUUAUGCGGUUCUAGUCUCGUUCUUCUCUUGCUUGCCCUCACCGCGUGCUACCCAUCGCUGGUUGUUGUCAAUUCUAGUAAGGCUCAUGAACAACUCAAAGCUGUUCUCCUGACUUUGCUAGACAAAUUUCCAUUUGACAUGCCUAUCCUUCUACUGGGAACAUCCUCAGUUGUGCUAGCUGAAGUUGAAGAUGUACUACAUUCAGUUUUUUCUCAUCGUUCAAUGUAUUUUUGA